AUGAUGGAAAUUCAUGCUUCGACCUGUUGGGCCGACUUCUAUGCGCUUGUGGGUGACGAUCGCAACCAAGGAUACGCCAGCUUCAUCGAGUCGCUCACGGGCAUCGAAUACCAUCCAAACUCUACCGAGUGGCCUCGGUCGUCCCCGGCCGUGGCCUAUAUCGAGGUGGCCAACUCACCCAGGUAA